AUGUCCCACCACAAAGGCAAAUGGCAAGGAGACAAAUCCUCCUUUUUCACAGCCCGGACUCAGGCUAAACUACUGCCCUUGCACAAGGGUCUUCAAGAUGGCGAUGAUAAUUUCGGCGAUAGCCACGACUCCAGUCCACAGAGAGGGGACACACCUGAAG